AUGAUCAAUCUGCAUCAGCUGUUCCGUGUUUUUUCCCGGGUCUCAUCGUCGCCAUCCGACCCUUCCGCGCCGAAUGCGUCACUGGCGUCUGUGCCGGCUGUUCAGACUCUCUCUUCGUUCCCGACAAUCCAGCAAGACCUUCUCGCUUCUCUCGCCUCUGCCUCGUUGCCUGGGCCGGACUCGGCCACCAUGUCCAGCAGUCCCACGUCCCUUUUGAACUCUCCCUUCUGCGGCCUUCAACCCGCGUCUCGGAAACCUUCCUCUCUCGCCUUUCCUUCGGCCCAGCCCAAGACCCCGCCGCACCUCCCGGCCGCCUUUCCCGCCUCCGCGCUCUCGACGCCCCCGCCAAGUCUGCAAGAGCUCCUGCUCUCUUCCCCAGACCUCGCCGCCGUCGCACUGGCCUCUCUGCAGAAGCAACAGUUGCGUCUCGCACUCGGGACAGAUAAAAGUGGAAGUUGUGAGGAGGGGCGACUGGAAAUGCACAGUUUGCUUCCGCGGAAAGCGAUGGGUGAAGACGCAAUGUGGCCGUGGCCAGCCGACCGCGAAGGCGACGGUGAGCCCGGCGCGACGCCCGGGGCAGAGCUCCCUCUCUCGCUGUCGUCUUUCCUCAACGCCAGCAUGGCCCCACAAACGUCGGUCGCGCGUUCGGCCCACCUUCCGUCUUCCGACUUCUCCCUGCCAGACGAAACACUCCGCGUCGCGAAUGCGCUGUCACCGGCGCUCGCGGAAAACAGCGACCGGAGCCCAUCGUGUGGCGCUGCCGCUGCUCAGGCACCGCGAGCGUUUUGUUCGCUCCAUCGCCCUUCCGCGUGUGUGCCACAGGACGAGGGUUCGAGAACCCUUGACGGCAACCCAGACGCGUUUCCUCGAAGGCUCACAGCGGCCUUGCCUUCUCACCCCUGCCGCGCCACCGUCCCCGGCGCAGAUGCCCCAGAAGAGGUGCCGGCGUCAGGCGUGCUGACAUUGGUCGCCCCCGAGACUCCAGACGCGACGGCCAAAGUCGAGUCGCGCUGCCUGUCUUCGAAGGACGGCUUGCGGCGCAGUUCCGCCGAUCACGGAGACGCCCACCUGCUGUCUCCGCCCACGGGACUCACCGCCUCAGCAGGCGGUCGGCUGCUGACUGGCCCCUGCACAGAGGCCACGCGGACCACGACGACGUCGGGCAGUGCCGCUCCAGACUCGAGUUUGCCGUUUUCGCUGUUUCGAGUCGGCGACUGUGAAGGCGCAGAGCGCGCCCUUGCGAUCCUUGAGGCUGCUCCUCUCAAUGGCUUCAGCUUCCCCGCAGGCACCCAAUCAGGUCUGGGGUGCUUUGCUGAGGGACCCGACGGGACGGAAAAGGAAGGCGGGGCGCUCCAAGGUCGCGCACGCGAGGUGUCGUUGGAGACAGGAAUCGCGGUGGAGUCGUGCGCGGCAGAGGCGGGGCGCCGAGGCCAUGGCGAUCGCGACGGCGAGGCAGAGGCCAGCCUGCUGGUCUCUGCUUCACGCAACGGGACUUCCAAAGAUGUAGCCGGGGAUGGUGGGGAACUCGAAUGCGGAAGAGAUGACAGGAUAGAGGUGGCCGAGGCCGUUGCGCCCCAUGUUGCAGAGAUGGACGCCCUCGCCGAAGUGGGAAACGACUCGAACAGUUUGGAGUGCUCGGCUGCAAUCGAGGGGUCUGAGGGGCCGUUCCAGCGUACCGCGCCGCCCUACGUAGCGCCCGUGGCCCCGGCGGUAUGCCCGAGUGCUGCGUCGGCCAUACAGAGUUCCGUGGACCUGUGGAGAGAGGGCACCAGUGUGGGGAAGCUGGAGACCGAGGCAGCUGGCCGGCCCCUCGACGCAGGUACGGCUUCGCUGAAGGCCGCUCUGUGGGACGCCACGAGGCUUGCCGCACCUGCCGCCGUUCCUUCUGCCUCGACCUCCGAAGCGCCGGCAGAAAGCCACCCAGCACGUCAAGAGCUCGUCCUUCAGGACGAACGCGACUCUGCGCAUCCACUCUUCGCCUCGUUUUCCUCGAGGUCUUCCUCAGCUGCAGCAGUCCCGGCAGGCGCCGCGGCCGGGAUCGCGUCGCCCUUUCCCUCUUCCAAGACACCAAAGGCAGGAGCAAGCGAGCCGGGUCUUCUGCCUGAACAUGGCGAACUGGCGAACGGUUCCCGGGCAGGGCGAUCUUCUCUCUGUCUGCCUGCUGCCUCUCCGUCUUCUCUCUCUUUGCAGGACGGCUUCAGCGAGGGUGUCCCUUCGCUCGCCCGCGCCGAAGCUCCAGAGGCCGUGGCCGACGACGUGGGGCGCGACGGGGGGUCGGACACAGUCGGCGAACGGGGUGCAGCCGCUCCGGGGUCUCCGUCGAGGCACCCCUCUUCCUCGCCGUCCUCGCUGUUGCCUGGGAGCCCAGGCAGUCUCCUUCUCCUCCUGCGCAACGGGCACUCGGGGGCUGCUGCCCUCGUGGCCGCCAUGCAGCAGCGCCAAGCUGCGACAGACGAGGGAUUACCUGAAGAAACCGGCGCAGCGGUUUUGGCUGGAGCCGGCGAAUCGCCCACCGGCGCGAUGCGGCGCCCGAGCAGGGGAGAGGGCGCGCCAGUGGCGGACGGCGAUCGAGGUUCAGAGAAUGCACAGAUUGCGGCCAAGAGCAAUGGAAACAGCUCUGAUGCAUGUGCAACAGCCAGAGAAGGUGGGGCCGCGUCGCUUUCGACUUCUGGUGCAUCAACGAACAACCCUGCAUCCUCUUCGACGUCGAUUCCGUCUCGGUAUUCUUCGUCGCCGGCGUCUUCCGGCGUGUCCAUCACCUCUUCCUCGACACCCCCGGGACUCCCUACGCCACGCCCUGGGGGCGGGAUGUCGCUUGCGCCCUCCGCCGCCUCCGCGUCGCCCGCAGCCGUGGAUGCGUCGAAUCUCCAGUCUCUCUUCUUGUGGGGUCCUCAGGCUUCCCCGUUGCAGCCAGGGCUGCCUGCUGAAGCCCCAGCAGCUUCUUCCUGCAGGAGCAUGGGCGCCAGUGGAGGCCUUGGCACCACGGGGGCACCAGCGGCCGUCGCGGGUCUCUUGCAAGAGGCUUGGGGCUCUGGACCGUUCGGAGAGGGGGGGAGCGCCGAUCAACUCGCGGCGCCCGCUGGUCCCUUCGGGGCAGCGACUCCGGCAUCGGCCGCGUUCCACCAGCAGCUUCUUCUACUCUCGGCUGCGUUUGAUCAGAUAGGGUCGUCGGCCUUUCCCGGUGUGGGGGGCGACGCUUUUUUAGGCUACGGCGCACCAGGAGCCGCGCGACCUGACGCGUUGGGAAUUUCGGCUGCUGCCGCGGGAGGGACGCCGGCGUCUCUCCCAGUUCUUCUAGCUGCAGCGAAUGCAGGGGUGCGCGCAGGCGGUGCGGACCAGCCCGAUUUCCUGGCGCUUCUUGGAGGGAGCUCUUCGCAUCACGUCCCUGGGGAACCUGCCGGUGGCGUGGCGCCGUCAACCGCCAGCGCGGGACACACGAGGGGCCUGAAGAGGCAGUAUGGGCAGCAGACACGAGGCGCCCCGGCGUCGCAGAGCGCCAAUCCGAUCAGCCCAAAUCGACCGGGAGAAGGCGCAGCCCAAGGCCCCGGCGGGACUGCCGUUGCCCCUGGAAGAGCAACGAAGAAACAGCGCCGAGGUCCGGCGCACAGCGCCGCCGCAGUCUCUGCCGGGGCCUCACCGGGUCUGCUGUCGGUGGGAGGAUGCCCCAGUGCUCAAGGAGACGCGAAGGGCCCAAGCACCGAGGAUUUCUUCUUGCAACAGCUGCAACAGAGUCGGAACUUGGUUCACGGUGCGGACAGCGCGGCUGCGGUCCCCGGUUCUGCGAUGACGGCCCCAGGAAGUUGCGGCAUGACGGCGCCGACAAGCUGGCCCUCCAUGUUCUCCGACUGUCAUACUCUGAGUGUAAAUACGGGGUCGCCGUCGCCGAGUCUGUGUAACAUUUCGCACGCUGGAGUUAUUGGUGGUGCAUCUGCCAGCAACCCUCUUGGGUCAUUCCCCAGUCCAGCGUGUCUUCCGCAACUCCCUGAAACGUCGUCGACGUCGGCGGGGGGGCUGUGUGAAGCCCAGCAGACCUCCGCGGGAGGCGUCGCCGAAGCCACGGCCCUGGGGGGAGGGGUUUCGGCCAUCAGUGGGCAUCCGAACUCGCGUUUUCCAGGUUCAGCGGGUGGCGGCGUUGGCCCGGGUAUUCUGAACCUGUCGGCGGUUUCACAGGCUGCGAACCAGACGCCGUGCUGUCCAAACAGUGGCACGGGCGCACUGCUCUCAGGCAGCGCAGCUGGAACAGGAUUGUUUUUCGGAGGGACGCCGUCGUCUCUCCAGAAAGCGUCAGUUUACGCAGGUGGAGAUGGAAACGUGUCUUCUAGCAGCGGCGAUGCCAUCGCUGCAGCGGCAAUCUUGCACCUCAGAACCCUUCAGCAACUGCAAGAGCUGCAACGCCAGUUCCAGCAGAGGCCAGCGGGGGUCCUUGCGCCGCCGGUGACGCCUGCCGCGUUUCUCCCUGCUGUAGCUGUCCGUCCGUCGGCAGGUGUAGGCACCGCCGCACCUGGAACGCACAGUAACCUGGUAUGCAGCAGCGCGUCUCCGAUGCCGGGCGCUGCUCGGUCCACGGGUGGUCCUGAAGGGCGCGGCUCCGGCGGCGACUCAGGUCCGUCGAAACGAGGCAACGGAGGUGUCUCUUCAGGCGCGCAGCAGUUCCUGCUUCUCCAGUUGAAACAAACCGGAAGCCACAGCAACGCCCAUUCUCUCGGCGCUCAGGGGAACGCGGCGACCAGCAGCGCCGGCAACUGCGCGCCGGGAGGACCCGGCACUCAACCGCACCACCCCGGGGUCUGUUACUCGCCCCCCAAGGAUGUCUGGCGCGCGCGAAUCACCGUCGAUGGCCGACAGCACGAGCAGCAGUUCUCAGUGAAGCGUCACGGCUUCGAAGAGGCGCGCCUGCUGGCUGUCCAGUGGCGGGCGCACAUGGAGAGUCUUCGGCUCGGAGGCGCAGCGAAGAACAAAGGGAAUGCAGGCGCCUCGAGUGCUUCAGCCACCACGACCUCUCAGGCUUCCUCGCAUUCUCCGCACCAGCCGCAGUUGAAGGGAGGAGGAGCCGUGGUCAGUGGGGACCCGGGUGUGUGUGACCCGACAACAGGCGCUGGAGCCGUACCUACCCGUGGACUCUGA